ACCAACGUAACAUUACGCGAGAACUCCGAGCGUCUACAGACGUGUUUUGUGGGUCAUGGAGAAGGAAGGUAAAUAAAAGAGCAACGCAAACGACGUUGGUGGCUGUUUUCACACGGUUCCCGUGAGGUUUGACGCGCUGGUUGCGGAAACUUGUGUUCUGAAAAGGGAGUAAAAACAGACGGAGAGGAGGGACGGACGGUUCGGCUCCAGCAGAAGCUGUCGGCGUUCUCAGGUGAUCUGAUUGGGUUUGCCUCAUUCUUGUGUUGCCAUGGCGAUGCGGGAGUUGGUGGAGGCAGAAUGUGGGGGAGCCAAUCCCCUCAUGAAGCUGACCAGUCAUAUGACCAAGGAAGGGGGGGCAUGGCGGCACCGCUCGACACCGACAAUUCCCCCCACUCCUAUUGAAAUUGCAACAGAAGAAGAGCUAGUGAAUGAGUUCCUUCAGGCCCCCCCACGACCCCCCCACACAUUUGACAUGGGUCAACUGCUGGAGGAGAUGCAGCAAAUUGACCAGCAAAGCUACAGACAAGCUCCACAGAGAGCUCCAGAUGUGGCAGCACUGGCUCUCUCUGGAGACUGGGCGGCCGAGUUCCUCUCGGGUUCCGAAUCUGCUUCUGCACCAGGCCUCAUCGCUCUCGGUGAUACAGCAGAUGCUGAUUGGACGAGAGAGUUUAUUGCUGAGGCUGCAGAUCCUGGGCGCUGGGCAGAGGAAUAUCUGGAGCAGUCGGAGGAGAAGUUGUGGCUUGGAGACCUGGGAGAAAAGGAAAAUGAAUGGACAAAGGAGUAUCAGGCAGGAGAGGAGCUCAGACAGACGGCCAAUGAGCUUGUCUCAAAGGUUGAUGACCCCAAGUUACAAAACACAGAGUUCCUGCGUUUCGUUAGGCAGAUUGGCGAGGGCAGUGUCACAGUGGAGAGCAGAGCAGACAGACAGCUCACAGAUAAAGCUCAGGCCGUGGAGGCUCAGAACUGGGCCUCCAACCUCAACCAGUUCCUGAUGGAGACAGGGGGAGGGAGUCUUCCCCUGGUUCCCCCAGAGAGGAAUAAGAAGAUUGAAAAAACUAAAGCUAAACAGGCAGAGAAGUGGGCCAAGGUCAUCAGGCAGGUGUCAGAAGAGUCAGCUGAAGCCUGGGUAGAUGAGUUCACCACAACCGGACCAGUUUUCCAACAAGCCAAAGCUGCAGUGGAGAGUGAUGUGGAUUUCUGGGAGAAGCUGCAGGAGGAGUGGGAGGAGAUGGCAAAGAGGGAUGCAGAGAGCCACCCCUGGCUGUCUGACUUUGAUCAGCUACUCAGUUCAUCAUACGACAAGGGAUAUCAGUUUGAAGACGACAACCCGUAUUUAUCCCAUCCUGACCCUUUGUCAGAGGGAGUGAAGAGGAUGGAGGCAGGAGACAUUCCUGGUGCCGUACGCUUCUUUGAAAGCGCUGUACAGCGAGAGCCAGACAACCCGCUGGCUUGGCAGUAUCUGGGAACCUGUCAGGCAGAAAACGAGCAAGAAUUUGCUGCAAUCAGCGCCCUCCGCAGAUGUAUAGACCUGAAGAACGACAACCUGACUGCUCUGAUGGCGUUGGCUGUCAGUUUUACUAACGAGUCGCUGCACAGGCAGGCCUGUGAGACCCUCCGUGAUUGGCUAAAACACAAUCCAAAAUACCGCUCUGUUUGGGAGCAGAGUGAACUCGAACAACAAAAGGAUGGUUCCAGUGACCGGGAGAAGGAGAGGGAGAGGUUCGGGUCACUGCUGCCAGAAUCUUUGUUUACAGAUGUCCAGUCGUUGUUCCUGCGUGCAGCUAACUCUGACCCAGCCCAGGUGGAUCCCCAGCUGCAGUGUGGUCUGGGGGUUCUCUUCAACCUCAGCGGAGAGUACGAUAAGGCUGUAGACUGUUUCAGUGCUGCUCUCUCUGUCACACCACAGGACUACCUGCUGUGGAAUAAGUUGGGUGCAACACUGGCCAACGGAAGUCGCUCAGAGGAGGCAGUGGCCGCCUACAGGAGAGCUCUGGAGCUGCAGCCAGGUUUCGUCCGUAGUCGCUACAAUUUGGGCAUUAGCUGUGUCAACUUAGGAGCACACAGAGAGGCAGUGGAGCACUUCCUCGAAGCUCUGUCUCUUCAGCGCCAGGCGUCAGGGGAAGGGGCGAGAGCAGUUCGGGGGCCUGGAGGUGCUGCAGCAACCAUGAUGUCGGACAACAUCUGGUCUACCCUGCGCAUGGCUCUCAGCAUGAUGGGGGAGAGCUCUCUGUAUGGUGCCGCUGAUCGCCGGGACUUGGACACAUUAUUGGCUCAUUUUUGCCAGAGAGAAGUGGAAGGUGGGACUGAAUGAAAUACAGCCAGAAGUGGUGGGCUCAUCAUGUGUGAAUGUGUCCUGCUGGGAGGUAAAUGUUUGGCUGACUGAAGGAAUCGGAAUCAGAGUGGUGACGGUUAGCGAGAAAAGAGACACUGUGACUUACCUUCCAUCCUAAGGACUUCAUUUUGUGCUUGUAUGUUUUAAACAACGUCCAUCAAAUGUUGCAGUCUGUACUAGAAGAGAAAUCAGCUAGCAGCAGUAAUACAGUUAUGUCGCUGUAUUUGAAAUGUUUGACAGUUCGUUCAUUUCCUCCAACUCUGUUGAUCUGGGGAACUGGGUUUUUUUUGUUUGUUUUUUUCAAGAUUUGUUCUCGAUGAAGAAAGUAAAUGAAAACGCAUGAAUGAAUCACCUUUGAUUUCACUAAGCACCAGUGUGGACAGUUCUGUUAACUCGAUGUUCUCAUUUUGUUUCUCAACAGCAGGAUGUAAAUGAACUGUUUCUCUCUUUCUCUUGUGUCUCAUCUCUUGUGUAAAUUAAAGGUAAAGUGUUGCAAUGACAUUUAAAAAAACAAAACAAAAAACAUUGUCUUGCUUUUUAUCAAAAGCGCUUUCAAGGGAACUAUUAUAACAGUCCAGAGUACAAACACUAGUCAAAAGAUCAAUAGUGGCUUGUUUUUCUGUUACCGAUUAACCUAUAUAUUAUUUAAUUUUUUUUAGUAAUCAUUUAUCAGCCAGGACAACAAACUGACAACCAGCAGGACUGUUACUGUGUGUAUGUGUGUACAUUACAGUAUGUGUGUGUUUUGGGGGUAUUGUGUGGGAUAUUAAUCGUGCGUUAGGUCAUAUAAUUGAAACAUCGUUGAUAAUGAUUCUGCAGGCUCUUAUCUUGCCUUUUUUUCAUAGCGCUCUUGUAAAACAACAUGCUUCAUUGUAAAAUAAUGCCAUAUUGUGUAUUGUAAAAUAAUUGUUGCACUAUAAUUGUUUUCAGGCUAGUUUAAUCCUGACUGCAAUGUUUAAUAUAAUAUUCAGCAAUAAAGCUUUGAUUCCAAACCUG